AUGGUCGCCCACAUGUCGGCACACCACCACAGUGCCGACAAACAUUCAAAUGGCAGCCGUAGACCGCAGAGCCGUGCCGGCGCGCAUGGCCAGAACACCCCAGGCUCGUCACUCCCGCAGCAGGUCAGAGGGACUCCAGGUUCAGCACACACCCGGGUAGCCAGAUCCACAACGGCCGACCGAGAGAGGGAGAAGCCGCCGAGCAAAGAUGGAGCCGCCCAACGUGCUGCGCAGGAUGUUGCUGGGCUGAAAGACUAUCAACUCGGCGACUGCCUAGGAAAAGGCGCUUUCGGCUCAGUGUACCGUGCUCUGAACUGGGGUACAGGCGAGACAGUCGCGAUCAAGCAGGUCAAGCUUGCGGACCUCCCCAAGAACGAGUUGCGAGUUAUAAUGCUCGAGAUUGACCUGCUCAAGAACCUGAAUCACCCCAACAUUGUCAAAUACCAUGGCUUCGUCAAAGACACGCAAUCGCUGUACAUCAUCCUGGAAUACUGCGAGAACGGCUCCCUCCAUUCGAUCUGCAAAAACUUUGGAAAGUUUCCGGAGAACCUCGUUGCGAUCUACAUGUCUCAAGUACUGCACGGACUCCUAUAUCUGCACGACCAGGGUGUCAUUCAUCGAGAUAUCAAAGGCGCCAACAUCCUCACCACCAAGGAAGGUCUGGUAAAGCUUGCAGAUUUCGGUGUCGCUACCAAGACGGCUGGCCUGCACGACUCAAGCGUAGUGGGUACGCCGUACUGGAUGGCACCAGAGGUCAUCGAGCUGUCUGGCGCGACCACGGCAUCAGACAUAUGGAGCUUAGGCUGCACGGUGAUUGAGCUCUUAGAUGGAAAACCUCCGUAUCAUAAACUGCAGCCAAUGCCGGCGCUAUUUCGGAUUGUCAACGAUGACCACCCACCGUUACCAGAGGCGGCCUCACCGGCCGUACGAGACUUCUUGAUGCAAUGCUUUCAGAAAGACCCUAAUCUCAGAGUCUCUGCCAAAAAGCUCCUGAAGCAUCCUUGGAUUGUCAAUGCUCGACGGGCAGACGAAGUCGUACCGACCAAGCCGACCAAGUAUGACGAGGCUGUGAAGAGCGUGCAGGAGUGGAACGAGGCCCUGAAACUUCCAGCAAAUGAAACACUUCGCCGAGCUUCAAGACCGAUGUCUUCGAGCCCAGGUCCACCGAGAAGGGAACCGUCGUCGUCGAUCACAACGCCCGUGCCUGGUCAAGGCGCGUUACGCGUUCAAAAGAUGCGCCCCGCCCCGGAAGUCUUUGCUGCCGCUGAGGAGGAUGACAAUGAUAACUGGGACGAUGACUUCGCAUCGUCCAUCAGUGCCAGUGCCCUUCAAUUGCCCCAUUUGAGACCCCACGACAAUUUCGCAGGCUUGUUGUCAAGUGAAAAGCUGAAGCAAUACGCCACCGGGUUCGACACAGUGUCAGGGGAUUCUAAUACGGACAGCGUGUUUGGUGAUUCCUUAACGCUGAACAGCCCGUCGCCCCUGGACCCUUUUGAGGGAAUCGAGACAAUUAGGCCUUCGUCGUCUAAGCAGGAGCCCGAUAGCGGGAAAGGCAGCCGCACGAGCUCAGGAGCAUCAGGAGGAGCCCAGGAGCCUAGGACACAGUUCUUCCGCGGGAUGUCCAAGUCAGCAGCGGUCCCACCUAUCAAUCCCCGGAUUUCUUCGUUCACCAAGCCAACAGCGGCCUUCAGAGAAAAUUCUGUCGAGGACUACUCAGACCUUAUCGCCCCCGAUGACGCAGCUUUCCAAAAGAAAUUGCAGUCACUUCAAGCACGCAACAACAAGGAAUACACGCCUCGGCUGUUCCACCCCUCAGACCUUACGAACAAACCUCGCUCUGCUCAGAAUGGAAAAAAGACUGGCAGUCUACCUCGAAAUGCUUCAGGCAGCAGCUCUGAAGGCAAGAAUCCUACAAAACGCCCGAACUUGCAGAUAGGGAUUGAAAAGUACGCGGAGCGCGAAGAGGAAGAUUUCUCCGACGUAUUUGGAAACGACGUUGUCGCGGCGCCGGCCCUGAAGCCGAAACACGAAAGUGAUAGCGGCUCGGAGCGGGGAACACUUCGCAUGAUGAACUCUAAGCUAUCCGAAUCUUGGCUUGGCGAUGAGGAGGAUGAAGAAGACCCCUUUGCGCAGUUGGAAGAGGGAUUCGAUGAGAUGGACCAAGAGACGAACGUGGCCCGAGAUCGCCACGCACGGCUUUGCAGCCUUGUCGAAAACAGAGUCAGCUCGCUCAAGUCGACACAACCGGAAGAUGUGCUUGAUGAUGUCUCGGAUGAACUGCUAUCAAUUCUCAUGGAAUCGCCUGAAAUUAAGAACGUAAUCAUCAGUUCUCAUGGAAUGCUCCCGAUCCUGGAGAUUCUGGAGAACAUGCGAAACCGCGAGAUAAUUUUAAAUUUGCUAAAGAUUGUGAAUAUCAUUAUCCUUGACAACGUGGAGAUCCAAGAAAACCUCUGUUUCGUUGGAGGUAUUCCUAUCAUCAGUCAGUUUGCUCACAAGAAAUUUCCUUCGGAGAUCCGCCAGGAAGCGGCAGCCUUCGUUCGGCAGAUGUACCAGACUUCGACUCUUACGCUUCAAAUGUUCAUUGGCUGUGGAGGCCUGAAUGUACUCGUGGAGUUUCUAGAAGAAGAUUUGGAAGAUGAUCGUGACUUUGUCUUGAUCGGCGUUAAUGGCGUGUGGAGCGUCUUUAAUCUUCAGGGUCCCACACCGAAGAAUGACUUCUGUCGGAUUUUUUCACGCAGUUCCGUGCUAUACCCUCUCUCGCUCGUCCUUAGUAAAGUACUUGAAGAAGACGGCGAAGUUGCAGAGCUCCUCCAAGACCGCAUUGUGGGGAUCUUCAUGCUAUUUUCGCAAGCAGAGACGCAUGUCAAAGAGCUAGUGGCGGAUCGUAUGGUCCUCAAAAGGGUGCUUAAGGAUCUGCAGCGCAUGCGACCGGCUAAUCAGAUCACCAUGCUCAAGUUCGUUAAGAACCUAUCCAUGCUCACCACUACCCAUGAGGCUUUACAAAACUCGAACGCUAUCGAAGUGCUCACGGAUUUGCUCAAGUCAAGCAUGAAGAUGAAGCACUUCCGUGAGGUGUCCAAUCAGAUCCUGAACAUCCUUUACAACCUUUGCAGGCUCAGCAAGCCGAGGCAGGAGGAUGCCGCGCUCAAUGGCGUUAUUCCUCUCCUCCAGACCAUUGUCAAAACAGAAUGGCCUCUCAAAGAGUUCGCGCUGCCGAUCUUGUGCGACAUGGCCCACUCUGGAAAGGUUGGCCGAAAGGUCCUCUGGCAGAACAAGGGAUUGCAGUUCUACAUUUCUCUGCUCUCCGACAAAUACUGGCAAGUAACUGCAUUGGACGCUAUCUUCAUUUGGCUGCAGGAAGAAACUGCUCGAGUCGAGCAGGCUCUCUUGGGGCCAUUCCCUGAGGCUAUAAUAGCCUGCUUCACAAACCAAGACUCAUCCGUGGACGCGUUCGAAAACCUGCUCGAGCCGCUGCAAAAGCUUUUGCGCCUUUCGCCCCCAGUUGCUGCGCUUCUAGCACGUCGGGAGCUUUUCAGCCGCGUUGGCCAAAAACUCCAUACAAAGAAGCCAGUGGUUCGCCUCAAUCUUCUCCGUAUAGUUCGCAGCAUUUGCGACGCAAGCGAGGAGAAUGGUGGCGGCGCGCCUCUUAUCCAAGCACACGGACUUUGGGAUGCCAUCAAGCGUCUGGCUGAGUCCGAUCCUGCGAUUCUGGUCCGCGAAAUGGCGAAUGAACUCGUCAAGACGUGUGAGAACCAGACAUUGUUGUCACCUACCUCUGCACGCCGGAGCGUCGAGUACCCUCGAACCCGUCCAUCAAGCGCCAGGAGACAGAGCGUCACCUUCACGCCACUUGGGUUUCCGCCACCUGUUCCGCCACUGCCUAGCGGAAUGUCAUCUCAUCUGCCGCCACCCACGCCGCCACACUCUGCCGUGGAACAUCGACGCAAGAACAGCUUUUGGGAAAGCACCGGCGACAGCCCCAGGAGUACCUUGUUGCUUGGUGCAAGCAGGAGCUUCGACAAUGGACUUCCGACGACGAGACCCAGUUCCUCACGGUCGAACUAUUCACGGCCUCUUUCGCGUCAAGGAAGUGGUGAAAGCGCUUCGGCCAUGUCUAACCGGCCAAAGACCAGGGAUGGUAGCGGCGACAGCUCGGUGGCUGGUUUCCACAGACUGAAGUCGAGGGAGGGAAGUGGAGAAAGCUUCGCUCAGCACUACAGCCGCCCUCGAACUAGGGAAGGAAGCGGCAAUUCCGAUUAUCGUCUCGAACGCUUGAACGGUCACAAGCGCGAUUCUAGUGAUCCAUCGCAAUCCCGCCCCCGUACGCGUGAUGAUUCAAGCAGCUCUACGUCGACAGCCGUUUCGACUUCUAGUCACUCGCGCGAACAUACGCUCUCGAAACCAACUUCCUCUUCAUCGAUCUCAGCGAGUGAUCCAUCGUCCUUCUGGGCCGUCAGUGGGGAGGAUGCUAUGAGCACUCCGACCAACGACUCCUCUUGGUCAGAUGGCCGCCGGGGAAGUGUGCAAUCGAACAAAUCGAGCCGUCUUCCUGUCAAUGUCAGGCCAACCAGCAGGAGAGCAAACGUGAGCUUCAACGGCAACGCAAGCCCCAGCAGCACUCCGCGGCCGUUGCCAAUGCACGCCCACUCACAUUCGGGCAGCAAUUCUGGCGAGAGAGAGAGAGAGAGCUUCGUGAUUGGCACACCGCCCAGCCAGGUUUAUGGAGGACCUGGCUCUGCAGGUUUCGGAGGACCUGGCUCCUCGGGGGUUCCGACGCCGCAGUCAGCGCACCAUCCCAGCGUGACUGGCACUCCACACCACAAGCUAGCAAUCCGAAGGCGUCGCCAGACUAGCUCGGGCUAUGGGCGGAGGGGUUCCAGACAGGACGAUAUCUUGCGUGAAAUUGGCCAUGCGGGGAUUCUUGCGCGGCGCGGGAGUAAUCAGGAUGAUGUAGGGAUCGAGUAG